AUGAGGACAGCGUUUCUGCCCUGGGCAUCUGCAGCGCUCUUCCUGCUGGCCGUCGUGAGCGUUUCGGGGGACUCGGCACCGGAAGGAGCAUUGCAGCUUCAGAUUAUCAACUUUAAUUUUGAAGUUGUGCAGGUUACAUGGAAUGCAAGCAAAUUCUCUGGGACAAAUUUGACUUUCCUCUACAAAUUAAGCAGUGAUAAGACCAGUAGCCAAUGCUCCAACUAUAUUCUUCAACAAAGUCACACUGCUGGAUGCCUCCUGGAGGCAAAAAAAGAUGAAAUUCUGUGCUUUUCCAUCAAGAAUGAAACACAUCUCCUUCUCACCAAAUGCCAAUGGAUCAGCGCUUACUUGAAACCCAGCUCCCCGAAAGACUUGAACUUCCAGUGGCAUCAGGAAGCCAUUACGGUGACCUGUUCUGAUCUGCCCUACAAGCGUCUCCUCUAUGAAAUCCAGUACAAGAGUAUGUUCGACACUGAGUGGCAAUCCAAGGAGGGAGAAACCUGCAAUGUUACGACAGAUGGCUUGGAUGCUGAGAAAUGUUAUUUCUUCCGGGCCAGAGUGAAAACAAUGGAGUCCAGCUAUGGGCCUGACACAUACCCGAGUGACUGGUCAGAGGUGACACACCAGCAGAGGGGGGAACUGAGAGAUUCGUGCCAGGAGAAAAAGCUUUUCCCCAAAUUUAUUUUAAUUUCUGGCACGGUUGCCUUGCUGACCGUGUUCCUUCUUCUUCUGUCUUUAUGGAAAGUACAGAGAGUUAAGAAGGUCCUAAUGCCCAUCGUGCCUGAUCCCAAAUUCACCUUCCCUGGACUCUUUGAAUCCCACCAAGGUAACUUCCAGGAGUGGAUCAAGGACACCCAGAACGUGGCCCACUUGAAUAAGAUGGAGGGUGCAGAGCAGGAGUGUGUCCGGGAAGAGACCUUAGUUGUCCACCUGGUCAAGAAUGAGGCUGAGACGCCCAUCAUGACGACCACCCCGUUGCGCCCACAGACAGAGGAGGAAGAGGCCUCCGGGGACCCCAGCCAGCUCCCUCGCCGGCCCCUGCAAGGUGGCGAGGUGGUCUCUCUUGGAGGCUUUACGUUUGUGAUGAGUGACAACUCAUACAUCAUGUUGUGA